GUUCUUUCUGGCAUGCCCUUCACACGUUUCGUGGCCCCAUGGGGAGCUCCACUGAAGGCCCGGGUGGCAGGGUCCGCACGGUUACUUCACGGAGCUAGGAGCUAGGAGUCGCGAAGCUCGGCUUCGAGGAGUUCCUCUGCGCUGCGGAGCCUGAGCCGGCCAAGGAAUCGUUAGCUUGCGGCGCAGUCGCGCCGCCCCCUGCCUGGACUCCCGCGCGUUGCGCUGGAGCUAUUAUCCUUCCUCAAAUUACCCCUCCUCUCGCUUCCCCUGCCACCGCCCUCGUGCUCCGUGCCGCGUGCAUAAGUGAACAUCGUCACGUAAAACACGUGCUCUUCAUUGUGUUAAUUCGUGCUAGCGUGCCAGGAGCUUCACGAAUCCUUUGUGAGGUGAGGCGGACUGGUACCUCACGGGAGACGUGGUGAUGGCACGAGAAUGUGAAUCGAAUUGGUUUUUUUUCCUUCUGGGGCGAACAAAGGACCUCGCAUCCCAGAUCCACGAAGGCGAGGAGCGCGGCAUGGGACUCGAGGAUUUCAAAAAUAAGCGAGCCGCAGACGCGGUGAUGUGCGCCGCUGGGCUUUUCGACUCUAGAGAGACAGUUGCAAGGGCUGUCGGACGUGCAGGUGCAGAGGAUGUCCUGGUGCACGGCGUCUACCCCGUGAAGGUCACCGUCGGUGGUACGGAGCGAUGCAUAUUCGUCUGUGCGGUUUCUGAAAGCUAUUGGCCUAGCGUGGACAGGGAACCCAGGAGCGGUUCCUUGGAGGCCUGGGCGGGGUACAUCACGGCGGCGACAGACGGCGAGGUCGAGCUGCUGAUUUUCACUCCAGCUAGCAAGAUUCCCCGGACACCGCCGCCGCUUCUCAAGCCCAAGGCCGGGGAUCUGAAGAAAGCGCUUCAAGGCUGGCUGGACUGGACUGGCGUGAUGGAGCUGAGGCCAGAGGAUUGCCUUGCUUGCUCGCGGCAGGCUCCGUUUGAUCCACGCCGAGCCAAGGCCGAGGCUUAGUACGAAGAUCGAGCAGAAGUGGAUAACCAACUAUCUAUGAGUGGCAGCUUGGCUAUUCACCAUGAAGGCAACGGCUGCAAUAAGUGAUAGCCUGCUUCCAUAAUGUUUUAGGUUCAGCAUCACACGCACGCCCCAUCUCGAAAAGGUUUGCGCCCACUGCUUGGAGUCCUCACCCAUACCCUCAGUCAUAGCCCAUUGGUAGCGUACUCGUGCUUUCGUGGCUUGCUGAUGCUUCGCCAGGGAUGCACUCACGGCUCCUUCACAGCUCUCAGCUUUGGCUCACGCAGAACAUAUUUCUUACCCGUGCC